CCAUCAUUCGCCAACACCGGGAUCAAUUUGCACUCCCAUGGCCGUAGCUGCAGCGGAGGACGUGAAGGUUUUGAGUGACCCGCUGAACCCCUUCGUCAUCAGGGUUCUCAUCGCCCUCCGCCUCAAAAGAGUCGAGUACGAGCUCGUGGAGGUGCAGUUAGCGGAGCCGAAGAGCGAGAUCCUGGUGAAGUCCAACCCGGUGUACAAGAUGGUCCCUGUGCUGCUCCACCGCGAAAAAUCUAUCUGCGAGUCCGCCGUCAUCGUCCAGUACAUCGACGAGGAGUGGUCCGACGGCGGCGGAUCCUCCUCCAUCCUCCCCGCCGACCCCUUCGAUCGCGCCAUCGCUCGGUCCUGGGCCGCCUACAUCGACGACAAGUUGACUGCUUUAAUUAGGGCUUUGAGGGUAGAGACGGAGGCGGAGAAGGCGACGGAGUUGGCCGGGCAAAUCCGGCAGGUGCUGGGGCUGCUGGAAGAGGCCUUCGCGGAGUGCGGCAAAGGGAAAGGCUUCUUCGGCGGGGACGCCGUCGGCUACCUGGACAUCGCGCUGGGGAGCUGCCUGGGAUGGAUCAUGGCGCUGGAGAAGGGUAAAAGUGUCAAACUUUUGGAUGCGGAGGAGCUUCCUCGGCUGGCGGGAUGGGCGGAGCGGUUCUUGGCGGAGGAGUCAGUGAAGGGGCUGGUGCCGGACGCCGACGAGCAUCUGAAGAUUGACGAAGUCGCGGCGGCGAGGACGAGCGCUACUCCUGCUGCAUAAGAUCUAGGGGCCGGCACAAGGGGCCCGAUCAACAUUGUUUUUUUGUUGUUGUUGUUUGAGAUCAUAAAUGCUGUGAAAUUAGGGUUUGAGUCAAGAAUUCUCUUGAAAACAAUAAAUAAAUGGGAGUUAAAUACAGUUGUAAUUGUAAACGUGCAUGAGCAAAUUAUUAAUGCUAUUAUAAAUAUUAUUUUUCAA